CGACGAGAUGCUUUAGAGCCGGCUCCCUGACUUCUCCUGGUUGGAGUGGGAAAGAGGCUGAGAGGGCAGUCUUGUGAGUGGCUGCUGCGGGAAUCGGGAGUCGGGAGCCAAGAGCCGGGAACCCGACGCGGGUGAUGCUGCUGCUGCAGCCACCGUUGGUGACAGUGUCCGGGGCCAGCUAGAAGCGAGAGCGCCAGGCUUAGGCGCGGGGAGAAGGAGACAGGCAUGUGGUGUCCUGCGCCGCCUCCUUUGCCAGCAUCGGGUGCCCGGGCUCAGCUGCCGCGAAUCGGGCGUACGGAGAGUGCCUCGGGUACCGGGCUAGUGGGGCGGAGGACCGCUAGAGCCAUGCAGCGGGCAGCGGGGCUGGUGCUGGGGCUGCGCGCCGGAUGCUGCCAGCGCUCCCCGGGCUGGGGCCGGAGCCGGGGCCGGGGCUGGAGCAGUGCGGCCGCCGAGGCCUCGACGGUGCUGAAGCUGCGGCCGGAGAAGAACGGACGCGAGCGUAUCCUGACGCCCGAAUCUAUGAACCCGCUGGUGAAGGCGGUGGAGUACGCGGUGCGGGGGCCCAUCCUGCUCAAAGCCGGAGAGAUCGAGCUGGAGCUGCAGCGGGGCAUCAAAAAGCCUUUCACUGAAGUCAUAAAAGCCAAUAUUGGUGAUGCCCACGCAAUGGGUCAGCAACCAAUUACCUUCCUCCGGCAGGUGGUGGCUCUUUGCACAUACCCAAACCUGUUGGACAGUCCCAGCUUCCCAGAAGAUGCCAAGAACCGAGCCAGGCGAAUCUUAAAGGCCUGUGGGGGGAACAGCCUAGGGGCUUACAGCGCAAGCCAGGGUGUCAACUGCAUCCGAGAGGAUGUGGCCGCCUACAUCGAGAGGAGAGACGGAGGUGUGCCUGCGGAUCCAGACAACAUUUACCUGACAACUGGAGCGAGCGAUGGCAUUACUACAAUCCUAAAGAUUCUGGUAUCUGGUGGAGGAAAAUCCCGGACUGGAGUGCUGAUCCCCAUCCCCCAGUAUCCCCUGUACUCAGCAGUCAUUUCAGAGUUGGAUGCCAUCCAGGUAAACUAUUACCUGGAUGAAGAAAAUUGCUGGGCUCUGGAUGUAAACGAGCUCCGACGGGCAGUGACUGAAGCCAAGGAGUACUGUAACCCCAAAGUCCUCUGCAUCAUCAAUCCUGGGAACCCCACAGGUCAGGUCCAGAGCAGAAAGUGCAUUGAAGAAGUGAUUCACUUUGCUUGGGAAGAAAAACUCUUUCUCUUGGCUGAUGAGGUGUACCAGGACAAUGUUUAUGCCAAGGACUGCCAAUUCCAUUCCUUCAAGAAGGUUCUCUAUGAGAUGGGACCAGAGUACUCGAACAACGUGGAGCUCGCGUCCUUCCACUCCACCUCCAAAGGCUACAUGGGCGAGUGCGGCUACCGAGGGGGCUAUAUGGAGGUGAUCAACUUACAUCCAGAGAUUAAGGAACAGCUUGUCAAGAUGCUCUCUGUCCGACUCUGCCCCCCAGUGUCUGGACAGGCAGCCAUGGACAUUGUUGUGAACCCCCCUGUGCCUGGAGAAGAAUCUUUUGAGCAGUUCAAUAGGGAGAAGGAAUUUGUCCUGAGCAAUCUUGCCCAAAAAGCAAAGCUUACAGAAGAUUUGUUUAACCAGGUGCCAGGAAUUCAUUGUAAUCCAUUACAAGGAGCAAUGUAUGCUUUUCCCAGGAUCUUUAUCCCAACGAAGGCAAUUGAGGCAGCUAAGGCCCAUAAGAUGGCCCCAGACAUGUUUUACUGUAUGAAGCUUCUGGAAGAAACUGGAAUCUGUGUGGUGCCUGGCAGCGGAUUUGGCCAGAAAGAGGGGACUUACCACCUAAGAAUGACCAUCCUGCCUCCUGCAGAGAAGCUGAAGGUUGUCCUGGAGAAGGUGAAGGACUUCCACAUAAAGUUUCUCCAGAAGUAUGCGUGAGGCCCAAGACCGCACUGUGCACGGAACAGAGACCCGGUGGUUCUGCUUCCGAUUUGAGCGUGGCUGGGGAAGCUUGUGGAACCAGAACCGCUCUUCCCCUACAGCUCCGCCGAGCAUCUUGCCUGGGGAACUUUGUGGCGUUCAUCUUUGUUUUUGCCGUAGGAGACUUUUCGUGCCUUGAUGAUGAGAAUACUUCUCUUCCUGUUCUCUUUCCUAUCAAGCUGGGAAUUGGUCACCGCGCAGAGGGCCCCGCAGGCCCUGGGGCCCACAGAGCACGCGCGAACUCGAUCAGCACGUGUGGCCAGUCAAGUGUCCUCUGGUUUCAUUUGAAAAUCCUCCUUGAGUUUGUAAAACGAAAAGAAAAAAACGUUAUGUUGUUCUGAGUGGUUUCAGGUCUAGGGCAAAAAGCAGGUGCCGGAGAAUGUGGUCACUACAGUAAGCAUUGAGUAGCUGAGAUCUGGGGCUGUGCUGAUGUUAUCUGUAAAAUAAAACACUUGUCCUUAUAAAAAUCUAGUCAUUUGAGGAGGCCUAUUCGGAGAGAAGGCUGAGGAGUGGACAGUGCAGAGGCCAGGCAGAGCGCCUUUCCUUUGAGAAUGUCGGUGGGGUUCAGAACGGGAACAGGCUUGACUUCUCCAGGCCUUAAAUGGACGGUGCCCAGGUAGGCUUGUGGAAGAGGAAGGAGAGGGAGACUGAGACACUGAGCGCAGCACCAAUGCCACUUAGCAACAUCAAGGGAUACACAUUUUGUCCACAGGGAGGCGGCAGCCAACAUUAAGUGCCCUGUUGGACCCAGUUGGACCAUUAGCCCUGUUACGUGGUUGGCUUCUUUUAAGGGUUUGGAGUGUUGCACUAACCCUGGCACUCCUGUUGGGAAAAUUCUUGGGUUUAAGGGACUCUCUCUCUGCCACCUGCCAUUUUACUGCUCCAAAAGAAUCUCUUCAUUUCACCUUUGCAGAUUGUCUCAGGGGGUGUAAAAAACCGACUUAGCUGUCCUUCCUGUCAGCAUAGCUGGAAAGGGGGCCCGGAAGAAUGCAGAUACGGUCACGCCUGUGUUCGGAAGGCCCUUCAACAUCUCUUUAUUGGCUAAAGUCUUGAGCAUUGAGGGGCCAAUAACUUUGCGUCCCUCCCCCUCCCCCCCAAAGCAAACCCAGGCCCAAGGAUUGCAAAAGUAUUUUCCUUGUCUGACCUUAGAAUUACUAUGAAGCUAAGUCGGGUUCCAUCAGAAGCUGCUUUUCCUCAUUAGGGAAACUUCCAUGUAGAGCUGAUUAGAGUGGAGGGAAAUGUUGAGGGAGAACCCGGAUCAGAUAGCUCCCACGAGGUAGCUGUAGACUGGAUCUCAGAGUUAGAGGCCGGUGGGCAAGGAAUCUUCCCUCUUCCCUCCUCUGAUCCCUCGGCCCCUCAGUCAUCUCCGUAUUCAAGUUGGGCAGCCAAGAAAGGCUCAAUCUGCCAUGGGAGGGGGAGGGGCCCUCCCAUAGGCCAUCUAGUUCCCCGUCUUCCCCUAUAACGCAGCUAUCUUCUUUUUAUCCUAACCCUCUUUGGUGUAUCUUAACAGAAACCUGGGAUAGAAGCUUAGCUACUGAUCACUUACUCCCCCUAAAAGGGGCCGUCGGGGGGAAGCUGAAGAAAAGCGAGCUCUUCAAAGUGGUUUUCCUUACUGAAGCUUCCUAUCUGUGACCCCUUGGGCUGGGAGAGGAAAACCAAUGGGAAGUCCAAUCGAGACUUUUAAUCUACCAUUAUUCACAAGCAUCAGAUUCAUUCUGAAGAAAGCAGUAGAAUUCUUAGAUAUCAAAGGGAAGCAUUGAAGGCCCUUUUCCCCCUUAGAAACUUUUGCACUUUUACACGCUCUACGUAAUAGCAAAAUGUCCAAAAGUGGUUGGAGACUGCCAGUUGGCAGCUUGGAAAAGGCAGCCAUGACUGAAUAUGCUCUAUUUGAAAGAAAAGGUUUAACAGUGGAAGUUAGUAUAUUUUUUAUAUUUUUGUAACAAUUACUUUUUUCAUGGGGGGCCGGGGAGGAAGGGUUCAUAUUUGUAGUCUUAACAAGUUCAAUAGAUUUUUAUAUUUCCCUUCAGACAACAGUCCCAAAAACUUUGCAAGGUUUACAUGAUUUUUAAAGAUGCUAUACAUUUGUUACACACACACACGCACACACACACACACACACACACGCUACAGUUAAAAACAAACAAACAGGCUGUUCUAAGGAGGUUAACUUCAUUCAAAAGGACUGAACUCAAAAAUUUGAAUUUUCUACACCUUCUGUUUAGGUGUCUUAAUUUUUUUCUGGCACCAAAGUUGUGGGGAGGAGGGUUCAGCGAACAGCUAGUCAGUCAUUCAUUGAUUCCUGUGGAGCUCUUAAUCAAAAAUGUAAGGUUUUUUCUACUGUGUCAUUUACCACAUCUCUGUAUUGUAGCCAGGGGAGCCACCCCAAGCCUAGAAAAUCCACUCUCAUAGUAAGUCCCUGGAGCAGCAAGCCCAGGUUGUUGAAUUCUGUGUCCAUUGUUAACUGUAGCUUGCCACCAAGAGCAAAUACAGGCUUACUUCUGCAUGUUUCCGGUUUGGAUUCUCAAAGGGAUCUCCUGAUAUGGUAUUUAAUGAUGUUAGUUAUUCUAUUGGAAGUUUCAAAACAAUAAAACGCAUACAAAAUA